CACGAUGCACCUCAGAGUGACGCAUCCACCCAUCAGCUGUUUUUGUUUUGCUGUGUGGCUAUUGGAAGUUAAUAACAUAAUAACAACAGUGUCGACUGAGUAAAGUGAAAGAGCUCAUUGAGGAGGUGUUAUAUCGUUGAUCUGUUGAUCCUGAUCAGAGUCGGGAUAGUUCCCACGGUGUGUGUGAUGUGUGCCAUCUGAGCCCAGCCUGCCCGGACAUUCUUCUCCCCUGAAGAGUGUGAGCGUGGCGCUUGGAGUCGGGAAGCAAAGGAGGGGAAGCGGGUUCCGACGGGGAUUGACCCGAGCCCAAAGGCCUCCGACCUCGGCCAGCGAGAGGAGAGAGGGAUUUGGCCGCUCGGAUGGAGUCCCAGGACGCGCCGGACGGCCCCGAAGUGCACCGAGGCUUCAUAUGUGCCUCGUUUAACCAGGACACCACGUCUCUGUCAGUGGGCACCAAGACUGGCUACCGGCUCUUCUCAGUCACUGCUGUGGACAAACUAGACUGUAUACAUGAGGGAGUGGAGUGUCCAGAUGUGUAUAUAGUGGAGCGGCUGUUCUCCAGCAGUCUGGUGGUGGUGGUCAGUCUGUCCAUGCCACGGCGAAUGAACGUCUACCAUUUCAAGAAAGGCACAGAGAUUUGUAACUACAGCUACUCCAACAACAUCCUCUCCGUCAGGCUCAACAGACAGCGGCUGGUGGUGUGUCUGGAGGAGUCAAUCUACAUCCACAAUAUCAAAGACAUGAAACUACUCAAGACCCUGCUCAACACACCCAUCAACCCCUCAGGUCUCUGCGCUCUCUCUGUCAACCACAGUAACUCCUACCUGGCGUACCCCGGCAGUGCCACCAUCGGAGAAAUCACCGUCUACGACGCCAACAACCUGAGCACUCUGACGCUGAUCCAAGCUCAUGACAGUCCCCUGGCAGCCCUCACCUUCAAUGCCUCUGGCACCAAAUUGGCCAGCGCAUCAGAGAAGGGAACCGUUAUCAGAGUCUUCAGCAUUCCUGAAGGACAGAGACUGUUUGAAUUCCGCAGAGGGAUGAAGAGAUAUGUCAGCAUCAGCUCAUUGUCCUUCAGCGCAGACGCCCAGUUCCUGUGUGCCUCUAGUAACACAGAGACGGUCCAUAUCUUUAAACUGGAGCAGCACAGCCCCAGUCAAGAUGAGGAGUCUCCUACAUGGUCAGCAUAUGUGGGCAAAAUGUUCACAGCAGCCAGCACCUACUUGCCCGCGCAGGUGUCCGACAUGAUGCAUCAGGACAGAGCCUUCGCCACUGUACGACUCAACAUGUUCGGCCUGAAGAACAUCUGCGCCCUCGCUACGAUUCAGAAGCUCCCUCGCCUGCUGGUGGCGUCCUCAGACGGGUAUCUCUACAUUUAUAAUGUGGAUCCACAGGAUGGAGGCGAGUGCGUCCUGGUCCAAAAACACAGGCUGUUUGACUUCAACGAGGAGGUUGAACAGAGUGAAGAGGACAAACCAGCGGAGGAUGUCUCUCCCCAACCAGCCAGCCAAUCAUACGCGGCUACUGUGGCUCUCCCUUCAACCCCUCCCUCCUCCACCACUCUCAUGGGUUACUCUGAGGAUGGAGGAGCCCAGAAGGGUGAGGUGAUCCCAGAGCACGAGUUUGCAGAGGGCCCAGUCUGCCUGGAUGACGAGAACGAGUUCCCUCCAGUCAGCAACCAGAGUAACUGACCAACCUCCCCGCAAAUGAAGCAACCAAACCCUGCAUAACAAUCAGACUUACUUGUUUCAAGCAGGGAAGGUGGACGAAAAUAUUUCUGUAUUCGAGACCUUGUGGCAGCCCCUUCCCCCUUCCACAUGUACCCCUGCUGGCCUAGGGUCAAAUCUUGCCAGAAUGUUACUUCCUGGUGUUUCUGCGUCCCUCUAACGUUUUGUAAGGAAUUAAAAAAACAACAACACUAAAACAGAGUGGAAGGCCCACUCUUCAUCAUCAUCAACAACAUCUUAAACUCUUUUCUCAGUGGUUCUCAACCUUUAAGUGGUAUUCACUUCAAAUCGGACAUAGCAACAGCUAACGGUUUGUGCGGCAGUGUAGGACCUUAUGUUUUAUAAUACCAAACUUCUUGGUAUCACUAUUUUGCAGCAUAGACAGUGAGCCAGACACAGACAUUGAAGCUGGGAACACGAAAUAAACCAAAUGAGGACACAACUGGAAGAACAACUGAAUUCUACAUAGAUAGCGCCUGAUUUCAGUGAUACUUCAAGCUGUCUGUAGAACAAACCGGUCAAUCACCGGAUUGGCAACUGUAGCAUGACAUCAAGUUGCCUUUCUUCAAAUAUUGAUUGUGUUUAAACUCCUCUGCUGCAGGUCACUGCGAUUUUUUUCAGCAUACUAUGUGGCCCCAACUUCCACAGCUGACUACCUCCGUUCAAAUGAAUGGGAGGACUGGAAAUUUUGCCACAUCACAUACAUGAAACAUAAUUUCGUCAUAUUACUGAGGUAACUGGGCCUGUUCGACCCAGAGUAUAAAGUCUAUAGUAUAUAGUGUUUAAGAGAUGACAUCGCUGAGAGCUUUUUCCUGUCUCUCAUUCCAUGUUGCGUGCCACACUAUGUAUUAUUUCUAAUUUGAUUUCAUUCUUCACUACCAUUUGAGAACCUGGAAACUACCCACAGGUUGAGAACCACUGGUCUAAGUGUCCCACUGUUAACUCCCAUAUUACGCCAUUAACAAACAGUGUUAAUCAUUUUUUAAAAUACUGACUGUGCACAGCAAGAAACCCUGACAACACAGUAACAUUAUUAUUGCACAAUAUUAUCAUGGUAGCAACGAGAAGAGCAAGAAGACUGAAUAUACAAAUGUGGUAGAGGAGACAACAGGCAGGCCUCGCCUGCAGCUGGGCCAGAUUCACAAAAAUGCUUCUAAGAGAGAUGCUAAGACGUUACCUGACAGGUAAUUUUAGCGGCUUCCAAACAAGUCAAGUGCCAUCAGACAAUGAUAUCAUAAAAUUAGUCAAAUCUCUUGUGUCUCAUGUCCUAUUUUCACUUAUAAGUCUGAGGAAUUAACAUCUGAAAACAUAUAAUAAGGGCAUUUUUGUCAAUCAGGCCUCAAGAAUCUGGAGGAGCUUAUCAACGGGCAUUAAAUGUGUCACACCUCAGGAAAGAGGAGCAAUAGUUCCCUCAAGGAAAAGUUGUAAGUGUGAUACACUAUUUAAAUCAUGAUACAUGCAGUAAGUAUUAUAUGACUUGCAGAUGCAGCUGUCAUUACUAAUUAUGGUAGCGAUAGAUGAGACUAAAAAACCUGCGGAGUCACAAAUGUAACCCGAUGAUAUUUGUGGAGUCGGCUCUGUGGGAGGAGCGGUCAGCAGCUGAAUGUGAAAUGCUUGGUAGCGAGCUAUGAUGAAGUUACAGGUCCUUGAAUUUCAGUGAUAUCCUGAAGACAUUUUUAUUUACUACAUGAUGCUGAAUUCAGUAUGUUAACAUGGAAGUCAGUCAUUUUUACUUUGUUGUAUUAAAUAUUCUUUUUCGCAAAAUGUUUUAAGUAUUACACAUCAAACGCAUAGAAUUACCAUGCGUAAAUAUAUUUGAGGAUUUUUACUGUGUGUAUGACGUGUAUAUAUAACAUUUAUAUAUAGUACUGUUGUAAUAAGUAACAUGGUAAUACUAUUUGAUUUGCCAAAAGGUGGCACUGUUAGGACACCCUUACACUGCAUUGAGCUGUUCGAUACUGGACAUUUACAUCAGAGACUCAUUAAAGCUGAGAAGUGAUUCAA